AUGGUCAAGAUCACCCCCCUCGUCGCCUCCAUCCUCCUGUCCAUGGUCGCCGCCCAGGGCCAGGCCCAGUUCCCCACCGGCACCGACUUCCCUGUCCCCACCGGAACUGAUGCCAUCCCCUUCCCUUCCGGAACGGAUGGCUUCGGCGGUGGCUUCGGCGGCGGCUUCGGCGGCCCCGGUGGACACCACCACUCUGGUGUCCCCAGCGGCUUCCCCAGCGGCUUCCCCACUGGUGGAUUCGGCGGAGAGGGCUUCGGACACCACUCCGCGGUGGUCCCCGCCCCACUGGUGGUUUUGGCGGCUUCGGCGGUGAGAGGCCCACUGGUGCCCACUGGCGGAUUCGGUGGCUUCGGAGGUGGUGAGUCCGGCGGCGCCCAGCCUACUGGCGGCUUCGGUGGUGGCUUCGGAGGCGGUGAGUCCGGCUCCCAGCCCACCGGCCCCUUCGGCGGCUCUGGCGCGUCUCCCUCCGGCAGCUUCGGCGAGUUCGGUUCAAGCAACUACGCCAAGCGCCAGGAGUUCCAGGACGGCGCCCCAUCCGGCUUCCAGACCUUCACCCGCGGCCCUAAGCCCACCGGCUCUUUCGGUGGUGAGGGCGCCCAGCCUUCUGGCUUCCCUCAGGGUGGCGAGUUCCAGAACUAA